AUGGACCGCCGAUACACGCCGCUGCGAAGUGCGGCGCCGCCAUCAGCACAGCCAGGUGGCAUCUCAGAGUCGGCACCGUUGCCCCCCAAAAAGAAACGCGCCACUGUUGUGUCCGUUGCAUGCAACGAUUGCCGCAGGAAAAAGAUUCGCUGUGACGGCAAGCGGCCGGUCUGUUCAAACUGUGAGGGAUCGCGGUCCCGAUGCGUCUAUCGAGAUGAAGCCGGUCUCUCCAAGGACUCGAGCGAGACGGUCCUGGAGAUGGUGUCUCUCCUCAACAGCCUGCCGUCUACAGACAUGCUUCCGCUCCUUCGAAGGCUGAACGCAGAGGCCGACGCCUCGACAGUGCUCGCCACUCUGCGAAACGCUCGAGGCGCGAAUGAGGGCGAUAAUCGCCGCAACAGUGUGUCGAUUGCUGCGCCCGAGGCCGUCCCGGCUGUUGAGAGCGUGGAUGAGCUAGCAGCUUUGUAUUCCGCAGUCUAUCCACCUCUGGCCAAGUCCGGGCCGGACCUGUUCGACAGCAAGCUCUAUCAAGAGUUGAUAAGUACUCUGGGCGACAUGAAAGAUGACUCACCCGAAAACGAAUCUAGCAGCGAUGCCCGAACAGACGAUCCAGAGCUAUGCGAUGCUCGCCUCUACAAACUGAACAUUGCGCAAUGGACCAGUGUCGACAUAGCCAGCGACCUCGCCGCCAAAUGCAUCUCUCUGUAUCUGAAGAUGGACCACCCCCUCCUCGGCCACUUUGAUCCGGAUUCGUUCAUAUCGGACCUGGUGUCGGGGCAAACCAGGUUUUGUUCGCCUCUUCUCGUCAAUUCUCUGCUGUACUGGGGCUCCCAAAUGUACAGCGCCAUCGAUCCGCAUACGUAUGAUCUGGCACUGCUCUUCUGCCAGGAGGCGGAGCGCUGGUGGGAUGCGGAGCGCGGCCAUGCUAGCGACUCGGUGAUGAAACUGGCAGCGACCGUUUUCCUCAGCCUUGGGUAUCUUGCCCAGGGCCGAGACCACGCGGUUCUGAGAUACCUAGCCGAGGCUACAGACAUGGGGACAAGGAUGGGGUUCUUUGGUGCGCAGGAAGUACAGUCAAGCACGAGUACCCCAACCGGCCAAGGUGAGGUGGGGAGUGGGGAGAGCUACACUGCUUGGGGUGUGUUCAACUGGACAGUUCUUAUGUCUCUCUUCUACCAUCAGCCUGGGAUCCAUACGCCUUCUGGCCACCCACGGAAACCGAUCCCCCGGGUCGCGCUGGCGGCCACGUCACCAUCCCCUUACAUGGGUCAGACGCUGCCGUACCUCUGCCACUUCUGGAAGAUUGUCCACCAAGUGACAAUAUUGUAUCACGAAGAAGACAGACUGCCGUGGGGCUCGCGCAGUUCCGUUUCCUUUGCCGAGUUCAAGUUCCGUGAGCUUCUCGCGUGGAGCCAGAGCCUGCCCCGUCACCUUGACUCUCAGCACGUCAACACCCAGCACGUCCACAUCAUGCAGUCAGUUGUCCUCUACGCGAAAGACUAUCUUGCCUGUCCUUGCGCUGACCCCGCCCCUCCUCCUUGCAGCAUGUGGUUCCACGCAGCCGUUCUAGACAUCUUCCGACCCUUUAUCCGCGACGAGUCCCUGGCGGAUCAGAAGUUCUCAACCUUUGACGGCGGAAGCUACACGCCGCGUUCCAUCUACGCGAGAUCCACGGCCCAGCUGAAGCGGCUGCUGAUUGAGUACCGCCUCAACUAUGCCUCAGCAUCCUUCUCUAUUCUGUGGCACACGGCAAUGAUCUACGUCGCCAAUGCCAUACUGGACGACGACAGCGAGGAUUGGUACUACUACCUGCUCGUCUGUGUCUACGGGUACCAGCGCCUGAGCAAAUCCUGGCGUGUGGCCAGGGCCAUCUCAAAGGGGCUCCUGUCCAUGGCGGUAAAAAAGUCACAUAUGACUGGCAACUCGGCGCGGCAACUUCUCCACGAUCUCCAGAGGCCGGAUACGAACUCGGCGCUCAAGGAAAUCCGGGCGACGUUCAUGCUCGACCUCGGGGGUUCGGACAGUCCCCGGUCGUCGACAGCGGAGCAUCUUGCCGAUUCAUUUGAGGCCAACGCAGAUCUACAAGUCUAUACUAACCUACUUGACGAUUGA